GACGUUUACACACCCAACAUACCUAGGCUUCGAAGUAGGGCAGCCAUGCCGCUCGAACGCGACUCUGCCGGCCGUACUUACGUCCGCCAUCCCAACGGCCAGCGCUCGCACUACAUAUCAAACAACUUCACCGAUUCUUGGAAACCCCACGAAACAAUUCUAAUCCAGCAUGGAUUCGGGCGCCACGGAAAGUUCUGGUACCAUUGGAUUCCCGUCCUGUCGCGGAAGUACCGCGUAAUCCGGCGGGAUCUGCGCGGUCACGGCUACUCCAGCUACCCCCGAGAAGGCGAGAAAUAUGAAUAUAAUAUGGACACGAUAUUGGGAGAGAUAGUGGAUACGCUGGAUCAGCUGGGCGUGCAGAAGGUGCAUUUUCUAGGCGAGAGUACGGGUGGGAUGUUGGGCGAGAUAAUGGCAGCGAAAUAUCCAGAGCGACUACACUCGCUGACAGUCUGCUCAACGCCAACCCACCUCCCACCACCAGCUCUGAAACUCUUCGCCUUCAACCACCCCGACUGGCCAACCGCCUGCCGCAUCCUGGGUUCCCGAGGCUGGGCCGAAGCGCUUUCCAAAAUCCCCGGCACGAUCCCUAUCUCCGACCCGGACUAUCUUCCCUGGUACCUCGAGACCAUCAGCACAAGCUCUGGCGAGGGUCUAGCGCAGUAUGCUGAGUUUCUGUCCACGCUGGAUGCACGGCCGUAUUUGAGUGAGAUCAAGGUGCCAAUGCUGAUAUUAGGUCCUAGCCAGAGUGCCGCGACUAGCGUGGAGGAACAGAAGAAGCUGGCGGAGCAAGUUCCGGGGGCCAGGUUGGAGAUUAUCGAAGGGCCGGGGCAUGAGAUUUACGUUACGCAGCCGGAGAAGUGUCAGGCCAAUUUUCUGGAUUUUCUGGAGAAGCUGAAGCGCUGAAGGGAUAUAGAGGUGUACCGUAACCCGCAAUCGCAAUAGAGUAGAUAUCCCUAAGAGCUUUGAUCAACCGCCUCCUUAAUUGACGACGUAUCCGAAGGGCCCCAGUUGCAGAGUUUGAUGCCGCUCUUCGUACGCAAGUGCCAGCUGCUGGAGAAGAUUUCCCAUCUUCGGUGUAACACCCCAAACCCAGACAUCGUUCAGAGUAGUCGAGCAGAAAUGGGCGACAGCGGCAGCGAGAGAAUUGCCACCAUAUUCAGAGUCUGUUUCCGCUAGGAGCUGUUUCAGCCCAUCGAGGAUCUCCAGCUCUUCGACAUCUGGCGGGUCAACAAGCGUAUCCGUUUCCAUAGUAUGAAUCCACUUGGUGAGGAGUAAUG